UCUGUGCGGUUGCAUUGGCCGGUAAUUGCAAUAACGGUGCAGUUUUUAAAUGUUAAAACAAAUACGUGUGUAGAAAAAUUCAAACAAAACAGUGUCACGGUGUCGCUCUCUGUUGAGGUGUAAAAAAAUCUCAAGUUAAUCUUUGUAACGCCAAUUAAUGCGCUUUACAUUACAACAAUAAAUGUCGCCGGCGUUACAUGCAUAGCGGUUGUUUAUCAUAAUAUCUAAAUGUGUGUUUGUAUGGGAGUGAUUUGUUAGCGAAAUUUACGCGGGAAUAAAUCAGUGGUAGUUUAUCUAAUGCAGUGUUUUCGAGUUUUGUAUUUUUGUUUACAAAAAUGCAUGUACAGUUAUUCGCUAAAGGCAUACAUUGAAUACAUUUCUUUAUAAAUAAUCUACAAGGAUCACUACAAGUCGUCUAAAUUUGUUAAAUAUUCUCUGAAAAUUGAUAAACAUUUGUUACUGUCCAGAGAUAAGACGCAACGCAACGCCAGCUGCAAAUAAAAUUUCCUUUCGCUAAUUUUACUUUCAUUCGAAUUUCGUGAGUGAUAUCGUUGGUGAGCAAACUGUUGCGGCUGGUUGGUAGCCAACACAAACAUAUUUACAUACUGAGAUACCGUUACAUUAGAAUAUUACGAGAUAAAAACAAAACAAAAACAAAUACGCGCAUAAAGUCUAAUUAACACAACACACCUUACCACCAGCAAAAAGCGCGACAAAAAAAGAAGAAGGAGCAGCAAGGAGAGAAUGCAAAUAGUAAAGCAACAACAAUGCGAAUUAUAAACGCACAAUUUGCCGGUCAAAUGGCUGCCACGCUCCAGAAUUGUCGCCAAUAAAGUUAGCGCUUGAGUCAACAGCGCUCACAACAACAACAAGAACAACAACAACAAACAUAAGUAAAUUGCAACAAAGUCAACAAACAACAAACAACAAUCAACUUAAUAAUAGCAAUUAAUUGCCAACGGACUAAAGUUCACAACAACAACAACAAAAUAAAAGCGGCGACACAGCUGCGACACCAACAGCUCUUGUGGCCAGUAAGCCAAGCCAGGUGUGCUGCACACACGCACACCACGAACCAACGAAUAACUGUAUAUCACACCUCAAAUUAUAUACACACCUCCCCAUAGAUAGCGGCAAACACAGACGGGUUUGCCAAGGCCGAAAAUGUCCAACACAGAUCUGCGUGCAUUGUUCGAGAAUUUGGAUGAUUCGGCAGCGGCAGCGGCGGCCGAGGCGCUCGAUAUCGAAAAUAUUAUUGCCAAUUUCUCAACGGAAAUGCUGCGCAUGAACAAAGAUGUCCUUAAUGCGACUGCAAUGAACGAAAUUUCCAUAAACCAAACAUUGAAGGCGCUUUGCGAGCAGAGCGGCAGGCGCAACGCGCCACGCAAUGACUCAGCCAACUACUUAACCUGCCCGCCCUCGUUUGAUUCUGUGCUUUGUUGGCAGGAAACAUUGGCUGGCACGACAGCCAUACAACCCUGUUUUGAUGAAUUCAAGGGCAUACAUUAUAACACAGCAGAGAAUGUAACACGUAAGUGCCUAGCGGACGGCACGUGGGACAAUUACACGGAGUAUAUGCGUUGUCAGCCGGCUACAAUAUUACCGCCACAAUUGGCCGAUCUUUCGCCAACAAUCGAAUUAUCAUCCUAUAUAUAUUUCAUUGGAUAUUUCAUUAGUUUAACGUCGCUCAUUUUAGCACUGAUCGUUUUCUAUUUCUUCAAAGACUUGAAAUGCCUGCGCAACACCAUUCAUGCGAAUUUAUUCCUCACCUACAUACUCGCCGCGCUGCUGUGGAUCCUCACGAUGUGCCUGCAUGUGAUGACGGAGCAUCCCAGCGAGGCCGGCUGCAUCACUUUGGUCAUGAUGUUUCACUAUUUUAAUUUAACAAACUUUUUCUGGAUGUUUGUCGAAGGCCUCUAUCUUUAUACUCUGGUGGUGCAGACAUUUUCCAGCGAUAAUAUUCGAUUUAUCAUAUACGCUUGCAUUGGCUGGGGUUGCCCUGCUGUUAUAACAUUUAUUUGGUCAAUAGCAAAAAUCUUCGCCACAUCAUUGGAGAGCGAGCAUUUUAACGGUCUAUUCAUUCAGUGCUCGUGGCUAAGGGAAUCUCACAUUGACUGGAUAUUUCAAGCGCCUACCUGCCUUGUAUUAAUACUCAAUUUAAUAUUUCUCAUACGUAUCAUGUGGGUACUAAUCACGAAAUUGCGCUCGGCCAACACACUGGAGACCCGCCAAUAUCACAAAGCUUCGAAGGCAUUGCUUGUGCUCAUACCGCUAUUUGGCGUCACAUAUCUCAUUGUAUUAUUUUGCCCUGGUGGCGAAGGAAUUACACAAAACGUAUUUGAAAAUCUGCGCGUCUUUCUCAUAAGUACACAGGGAUUUUUCGUAUCCUUAUUCUUCUGCUUCCUCAAUUCGGAAGUGCGUCAGACACUACGUCAUCGCUUCAUGAGAUGGCGGGACAAUCGGAAUUUACGAAAUGGCAGCAUACAUCGUAAUCGCAGAAAUAGGCUAUCCAAGGACUACUCACAUCGUUCAAGAACGGAAAGUUUACGGCUUACUUCAACGAGUCCGGUACCAAAUGGAUUCAAUCAUGACGAAAACAAACUAAAUCAACUGUAAACGAGUUGAAGGUCAUAGUUAUUUGUUGUAGUUAGUGUUGUACCGACUAUUAAAAAAAUCUCCCAAAGCACUGCUGCUAAGUGUCCACACAUAUUUCGGAUGGUCCCGUUGGCUUGGCAUCAAAUAUUGUGGCCACGUAGGCAGCUACCGUUAUUAUUUGCUAUUGUUUUGCAAAGUGAACACAACUUCCGUUAUUGAGAUUGUUUAAUCUUUAGUUUUAUAGUAUUUAUUUGUAAUCUUGUUGUAGUCUACUAAAGUAACUAUUAUAUAAUAUUAAAGCUUAAUGCUGACUAUUUUUCGUAUAAGUAUGUAUAUAUGUAUGUGUGUAUAUGUAAAUAAUUUUUUAUAUAAAUAUAUGAAUUUAAGUGACUGUGAA